AGCAUUGCCAUUAGACUAUGAUCAGUUGACGAACAUGGAGUAUGAUAUGCUGCAUACAAGUGGAAGUUGUUUAAGAGUUCUUUCUUUAAGUGAAAGUAUUAUGGAGAAAUUGCCUCAUUCAAUUGGCAAUCUAAAGCAUUUGAGGUGCUUGGACUUGUCUCGAACUGAUAUUGAAGAAUUACCCAAUUCAGUUUGUAAUUUGUACAAUUUACAAACUUUACUAUUAAUUGGGUGUGCCAGGCUUCGUCAAUUUCCAAAAGAAAUGGGAAGAUUAAUCAACUUACGAUAUCUAAACAUUCAUGGUGUACCUCUAAAUGAUUCAGAGUUUCCCCAAGAAAUUAGUACUAUUAAUCACUUGUCUUUCCUAUCCAACGUGGUUUUGAGUAGUGGUAGAAGUAGUGGGGGAUUUAAAAUGAAAAAGGUUGGAGAGCUUGAGGGCUUACGCAGCAUUUCUGGGUUGGAAUAUAUCAAGGAUGCAAGAGAAGCUUCAGAGGCUAAUUUGAAGGAUAAGAAGUGUGUUUCCAAACUGACUUUGAGGUGGAAAAAUAAUGGUGGUGUGGUUGCUAAUUCACAAAAAGAGAAAGAAAACACUAUACUUGAUGCACUUCGACCACAUGGAAACUUGGAGCAUCUUGUGAUUGAAGGUUACAGAGGUACAAUACUGUCAGAGUGGAUUGGAGACUUUGCAUUUUCUAAGCUACAAUCACUCAAGUUUGUCAAUUGUAAAAAUUGUUUUAUUUUACCUCCACUUGGGCAACUACCAUUUCUCAAAGAUCUUACAAUUGAUGGAUGCGACAAUGUGAUCUCAAUAGGUAAUGAGACUCCUCGUGACAAAGGUCCUCUCUUUAGUUGUCUAGUAGAAUUAACUAUUUCCAAUAUGUUGGAGUGGAAAGAAUGGUCAUUUAGUAGUGAAACCAUUCUUGAAGAAGGUCAAAUAUUAUUCCCUCUUCUUAAAAAACUUUAUCUGAAGAAUUGUCCAAAGCUUGAUGUUGGGCUACCGAGUUGUUAUCUUCCAUCCUUGGAAACUUUGGUUAUCAGGACUUGUGAGCAAAUGGUGGGUUUGAUCUCGAGAACUACUCAACAGACCGUUACAGGCACAAUUCCCUCUCUUGUCGAGAUAAGUAUACAACACUGUCCUGUGUUGGAAUCGCUUUUAGAUUGGGGAUCACACUCCAAAGUAAAGUUACUUAUAUGUAGGAGUUCCAAAAGGCUGAUUGAGAACCAUAAGCAAUGGGAUCUGCAUAGACUCUCCUCUUUGGAAUCAUUAUAUAUUGACGGUUGGGAAGAUGAUUCUUUUCCAUAUGAGGGGCAAGGGCUUCCAACCACUCUGAGAGAACUUGACAUUUGGGAAUGUCAUAAGCUAGAAACCCUAAAUGGAAAGGCCUUUGAACAACUCACAUCCCUUAUAUCAUUGACUAUAAGAGAUUGUGAAAGGCUUCAGUGCUUGCCAGAAGAAGGGCUCCCUACUUCCCUUUAUUCUUUAACUAUAGAGAGAUGUCCUUUGGUAAAGCAACGGUGUGAGAAAGGAGGAGAAGAUUGGCCAAAGAUUCAACACAUCAAAAAAGUGAGAUUGGAUGAGAAACAUAUGUUGACAGAUAUUGAUUUGUUAUGGAGAGAUUCAAACAAGACACAAGGAAGCUGGAUUUUGAUUGUCAAAGACAAGACUAUUUUGUGUUUGAGUAUUGAAAAUUACAAGCAGACCACACCAAUACACCUAAAAAGAAAACAAAAAAGAGAUGAUAAAUCAUCUUGUUCAUGGGCCAUUCAUACAUUAUUAUUUCCUCUGAAAUUUCAAGGAAAGAGGAGGCUAUACAUGUUAAUAAACUAUACACUCACUCACUCACUCACUUACCCAUUCGUUUCUUUCUUUCUGCUGCCUUGUUUAUCAUUCUUCAUUCUCAUCACUAACCCCCACAAAGAUUCAACACACUUGCUCUUGCUUUUGUCAUUGAUCAAUAAUAUGGCUGCUGAAUUGGUUGCUGGUGCUUUGCUCUCUGCUUCACUUCAAGUUCUGUUUGAGAGAUUGGCCUCUGAGGACAUAUCUCAGCUGUUCCAAAGAAAGAAAUCCAUUCGGAAGCUGCUGGACAAGCUCAACACUAGGAUGUUAUCGGCUAACAAACUGCUCAAUGAUGCUGAGCAGAAGCAACUUCGAGAUGACAAUGUAAAGCAAUGGCUUUUCAAGCUUCAAGAUGUCAUCUAUCAAGCCGAUGACUUGGUGGACAUGAUGGACUAUGAAGCUCUGCGAUCCAAGCUUACAAGCCGCACGACCAAGGUAUUUCACCAACUGAAAUCGAUGCCACCUUUUGGGUUCAGCUUUAAUAAAGCUGUACAGAGUGAUGCCACUGAGAUCCUUGGUACUCUAGAUGAUCUUCUUGCUCAAACAGAUGCUCUUGGCUUGAGAGAAGGCCUUCAAAACACUUCUUCUUCUCAAAGGCCUCCUGCUCCUUUACUCGAAGAAUCUAAUGUUUAUGGGAGGCAUGAUGAGAAAGAGGCCAUUGUUGAUUUGCUUCUGAAAGACGAUGUUGAUGGUGGUACUAACAUUUCAGUCAUCCCCAUUGUUGGGAUGGGUGGUGUUGGAAAGACCACUCUUGCUCAACUUGUUUACGACGAUGUUCGAGUUAAAAAUCAUUUUGAGCUAAGAGUGUGGGUUACAGUGUCGGACCAGUUUGAUAUUUCAAAGAUAACAGGAGAGAUCUUUGAAAAGGUCACUUCCAAAAAGCGUGAUAUCGAGAACGUAGAAGAAGUUCGAAGAAGAUUGAAGGAAGCAUUGCAGGGGAAGAAGUUUAUGUUUGUUCAUGAUGAUGUUUGGAACGAGUCUUAUCAUUUGUGGGACUCUUUGAAGAGUUGUUUCGAUUCUGGAGCAAAUGGAAGUAAAAUUGUUGUCACAACCCGGAGUGAAGUUGUUGCCUCUACUGUGGUCACUGGACAUGUUCAUCAUCUACAAACUUUGUUGGAUGAUGAUUGUUGGCAAUUAUUUGUCAAACAUGCUUUUGGGCCCAACGAUGACCUUAGUACUAAGUACAAAGAUUUGGAAGAACUGGGUAGAAAAAUAGUCCACAAGUGCAAAGGACUUCCGCUAGCAAUAAAAUCGCUUGGUGGAUUAUUGCGCUCUGAACGAAAUGCUGAAAAAUGGAAGGACAUACUCACUAGUGACACAUGGGAGGAGUUGUACAAGAAGGAGGGUUCUAUUCUUCCAGCUUUAUGGUUGAGCUACCGUCACUUACCUACACAUCUCAAGCAAUGUUUUGCGUAUUGUUCCAUAUUUCCUAAAGAUUAUCAAUUUGAAAGGAAUGAAUUGAUUUUGUUGUGGAUGGCACAAAGUUUUUUGCCCCUAGAUAAAGGCAGCAAAAAGAUGGAGGAACAUGGGGAGGAGUACCUUGAAGAUCUUUUGUCAAGGUCAUUGUUUCAACAUUCAAAUAAAGAAAAAUCAUUGCUCCAAAUGCACGACUUGGUACAUGAUUUGGCCAUAUUCGUAUCAAAUGAUUUUUGCUUUAGGUUGGAUUUGAGUAAUGAUCUACUUAACCUUUCAACAAAGACUCGUCACUUGUCAUAUAUGAAGGGCGAAUACGACAUCAACAAAGUUAAGGGCUUGUGUGAAGCCAAGAGCUUGCGCACCUUUCUAGCAUUGCCAUUCCAAAGGGAAAAUUCCACAUGGAACGAGAUGGAGUAUGGUUUAUUGCUUGCAAGUGAAAGUUGUUUAAGAGUUCUUUCCCUGAGUGGUCCUUUGAUGGAGAAGCUGCCUCGUCCAAUUGCCAAUCGCAAGCAUUUGAGGUACCUGGAUUUGUCUCACACUGGAAUUGAAGAAAUACCCGAUUCAGUUUGUAAUUUGUACAAUUUACAAACUUUAUUAUUAUUUCAGUGUUAUAAGCUUCACGAAUUACCAAAGAAGAUUGGAAGGUUAAUUAACUUGCGGUAUCUAGAUAUUGAUGGUUCACCUCUAAAAGAGCUUCCCAAAAAACUAAGUACUAUAAAAUCCUUGUAUUUCUUAUCUGAUGUGAUUUUAAGUACGGGAGGAUUUAAAAUGAAAAAGGUAGGAGAGCUUGAGAACUUAUGUAGUAUUUCUGGGUUGGAAAAUAUAAAGGAUGCUAGAGAAGCUACAGAGGCUAAUUUGAAGGACAAGAAGUGUCUUACGAAACUGACUUUGAGGUGGAAACAUAAUGGUGGUGCUGCUGAUAAUUCAGAAAAAGAAAAGGAUAUACUUGAUGCGCUUCGACCACAUACAAGCUUGGAGUAUCUUGGGAUUGAAGGUUACAGAGGUACAACAUUCUCAGACUGGAUUGGAGACUCUGCAUUUGUUAAUUUAUUAUCAAUCAGAAUUGUCGGUUGUGAGAAUAAUUGUAUUUUACUCCCACUUGGGCAGCUACCAUGUCUAGAAUGGCUGUCUAUUUCAGACAUGAUGGAGUGGAAAGAUUGGUCAUUUGCUAUUCUUGAAGAAGAAGGUCAAAUAUUAUUCCCUCUUCUUAAAGAACUUCGUUUGUAUAAUUGUCCAAAGCUUAAUGUUGGGUUACCGGGUUGUUAUCUUCCAUCCUUGAAAUAUCUCUGGAUAUGGAAUUGUGAAGAAAUGGAGGUUUUGCUUCCGAGAACCAUUCAACAGACUGUGACAGCCCCACCCUUUCUUGCUUCGGUACAAAUAUCACACUGUCCUGUGUUGGAGUCACUUCUACAUUGGGGAUCACACUCCAAAGUAGAGAGUAUUGAGUUAUGGAACACAAAAGCUCUUUUUGAGAACCGUAGUAAAUGGGAUCUACAGAGACUCUCAUGUUUGAAAAAGGUAAAUAUCAGUGGGUGGGAAGAUGAAUCGUUUCCUGAGGAAGGGCUCCUUCCUAUCACUCUUAACUACCUUAUGAUCCAAGGUUGUAGCAACCUUGAGACCCUAAACGGGAAGGCCUUUCAAGAACUCACAUCCCUUCAGACAUUGGAUAUUAGUGGUUGUCCAAGGCUGGGGUGCUUGCCAGAAGAAGGGCUGCCUACAUCUCUUACUCGUUUAUAUAUUGAUGGAUGUCCUUUGUUAAAGAAACGGUGUGAGAGAGAGAAAGGAGAAGAUUGGCCUAAGAUUCAACACAUCACAAAAGUAAUAUUAGAUGGUGAACGUAUCAAAUAUUCAACACACUUGCUCUUGCUUUUGUCAUUGAUCAAUAAUAUGGCUACUGAAUUGGUUGCUGGUGCUUUGCUCUCUGCUUCACUUCAAGUUCUGUUCGAGAGAUUGGCCUCUAAGGAGAUACCCAAGCUGUUCCAAGGAAAGAAAUCCACUCUGAAGCUGCUGGACAAAAUGAAAACUAGGCUGUUAUCAGCUAACAAACUGCUCAAUGAUGCUGAGGAAAAGCAACUUCGAGAUGACAAUGUCAGGGAGUGGCUUUUCAAGCUUCAAGAUGCCAUCUAUCAAGCUGAUGACUUGGUGGACAUGAUGGAUUAUGAAGCUCUGCGAUCCAAGCUUAAAGAUCACGAUCAAUCUACCAGCUGCUGCUCGACCAAGGUGUUUUGCCGACUGAGAUCCAUGCCACCUUUUGCGUUUAACUUUCAUAAAGCUGUACAGAGUGAUGCCACUGAGAUUCUUGGUACACUAGAUGGUCUUCUUGCUCAAAAGGAUGCUCUUGGCUUGAGAGAAGGCCUUCAAAACACUUCUUCUCAAAGGCCUCCUGCUCCUUUACUCGAACAAUCUGAUGUUUAUGGAAGGGAUGCUGAAAGAGAAGUCAUUGUUGAUUUGCUGCUGAAAGACGAUGUUGAUGGUGGUACUAACAUUUCAGUCAUUCCAAUUGUCGGGAUGGGUGGCAUUGGCAAGACCACUCUUGCUCAAAUUGUUUACGAUGAUGUUCGAGUUAAACAUCAUUUUGAGCUAAGAGUAUGGGUUACUGUGUCAGAUCAGUUUGAUAUUUCAAAGAUAACAAGAGAGAUCUUUGAGGGUGUCACUUCCUACAAAUGUGAUAUCAAGAACCCAGACGAAAUUCGAAGAAAACUGAAGGAAGCAUUGCAGGGGAAGAAGUUUAUGUUUGUUCAUGAUGAUGUUUGGAACGAGUCUUAUCCUUUGUGGGACUCUUUGAAGAGCUGUUUCGAUUCUGGAGCAAAUGGAAGUAAAAUUGUGGUCACUACCCGGAGUGAAGCUGUGGCCUCUACUAUGGCCAGUGGACAUGUUCAUCACCUAACAACUUUAUUGGAUGAUGAUUGUUGGCAAUUAUUUGUCAAACAUGCUUUUGGGCCCAACGAUGACCUUAGUACUAAGUACAAAGAUUUGGAAGAAUUGGGUAGAAAAAUAGUCCACAAGUGCAAAGGACUUCCGCUAGCAAUAAAAUCGCUUGGUGGAUUAUUGCGCUCUGAACGAAAUGCUGAAAAAUGGAAGGACAUACUCAAUAGUGACACAUGGGAGGAGUUGUACAAGAGAGAGGGUUCCAUUCUUCCAGCUUUAUGGUUGAGCUACCGUCACUUACCUACACGUCUCAAGCAAUGUUUUGCUUAUUGUUCCAUAUUUCCCAAAGAUUAUCAAUAUGAAAGGGAAGAAUUGAUUUUGUUGUGGAUGGCACAAGGUUUUCCGCCACUUGAUAAAAGCAGCAAAAAGAUGGAGGAACAUGGGGAGGAGUACCUUGAAGAUCUUUUGUCAAGGUCAUUGUUUCAAUAUUCAAAUAAAGAAAAAUCAUUGCUCCAAAUGCAUGACUUGGUACAUGAUCUGGCCAUAUUUGUAUCAAAUGAUUUUUGCUUUAGGUUGGAUUUGAGUAAUGAUCUACUUAACCUUUCAACGAAGACACGUCACUUGUCAUAUAUGAAGGGGAAAUACAACAUGGACAAAGUUAAGGGCUUGUGUGAAGCCAAGAGCUUGCGUACCUUUCUAGCAUUGCCAUUCAAAAGGGAUUUCACAUCGAACAUGGAGUAUGAUAUGUUGCUUACAAGUGGAAGUUGUUUAAGAGUACUUUCUUUAAGUCAUUGUCGACGUAUGAAGAAGCUGCCUCAUUCAAUUGCCAAUCACAAGCAUUUGAGGUACCUGGAUUUGUCUCACACUGAUAUUACAAAGUUGCCUGAUUCAGUUUGUAAUUUGUACAAUUUACAGACUUUAUUAUUAGUUUUUUGUUGGAAGAUUCGUGAAUUACCAAAGAAGAUGGGAAGGUUAAUCAACUUACGAUAUCUAAAUAUUGAGGGUGUAUUUCUUCUGAAAGAGCUUCCCCAAGAACUUAGUGCUAUAAAACACUUGUAUUUCUUAUCUGAUGUGAUUUUGAGUAGUGAUGGAAAUAGUAUUGGAGGAUUUAAUAUGGAGAAGGUAGGACAGCUUGAUAACUUUCAUAGAAUAUCUGGGUUGGAAAAUAUCAAAGAUGUAAGAGAAGCUUUGAAGGCUAAUUUGAAGGAUAAGAAAUGUCUUUCUAAAUUGACUUUAGAGUGGGAACUUAAUGGUGGCGUGACAACUAAUUCACAAAAAGAAGAAGAAAAUGAGAAAGAAAGGGAUAUACUUGAUGCACUUCGACCAAAUACAAACUUGGAGCAUCUUGUGAUUCACAGUUACAGAGGCUCAACAUUAUCAGACUGGAUUGGAGACUCUUCAUUUUGUAAGUUAGUAUCAAUGAGCAUUAUCAAUUGUAAGAAUUGUUGUAUUUUACCGCCACUUGGGCAGCUACCUUUUCUCAAAUAUCUUAGAAUCGAGGAAUGUGAUAGUGUGAUCUCAGUAGGUGAUGAUAGUUACAAGGGUCUUCCUCUAUUCAGAUGUCUAGAAUCGUUACAGAUUUCCUAUAUGCCAGAAUGGAAAGAUUGGUCAAUUAAUAGUGAAGCUAUGCAACAAGGUCAAAUAUCAUUCCCUCUUCUCAAAAGCCUUAAGCUGUCGUAUUGUAAAAAGCUUAGAGUUGGAUUACCAAGUUGUUAUCUUCCAUCCUUGGAAGAACUCACUGUAUGGAAUUGUGAACAAAUGGUGAGUUUGGUCCCGAUAACAGAAACACAAGAGACCAUCACAAGCAUAACGCUUCCCAAUGUGAAGAAGAUUACAUUAUGCCACUCCAAAAGGGUCUUUGAUCUGCAUACACUCUCAUCUUUAGAAUCCUUAAAAAUCGUAGAUUGGGAAGAUGAUUGUUUUCCCGAAGACGAAGGGCUGCUUCCGACCACUCUGAAGACACUUCAUAUUAGGGAGAGUAGUAAGCUUGAAACCUUAAACGGCAAGGCCUUUCAACAACUAACAUCUCUUCAGAAAUUGUAUAUUUACUAUUGUGAAAGGCUGCAGUGCUUGCCAGAAGAAGGACUGCCUACUUACCUUUCUCGUUUGUGGAUAGCUGGAUGUCCUUUGGUAAAGCAACGGUGUGAGAAAGAGAAAGGAGAAGAUUGGCCUAAGAUUCAACACAUCACACAUGUAGAAGUAGAUUGGGAACGUAUCAAUUAAAUGGUCUGUCUGCAUCGAUCUCUCUGUCUUUAGAUAGAUUCACAUUCAAAUUGUAUUUAUAACUCAUUGAAUGGAAGACAAAGAAAUGACAGAUUGAUACAAAGACCUACUUACAUUCAUGAGAUUUUGAUUUGAAGUGGAUAACUUUAAACAGGGCAAAGAAGCUGGGUUUUGAUCUUCAAAUGGAGAAAGUUGGAAAACAACUGCAAAAUGAACAUAAAAUGGUAGUGCUUACAGAUUUCUGAUGCCGAGUCUUCAAUCCAGUUUUGCAUCUCAAAGUGUUACAUAUUUACCCUAUUUUGCAAUCGUCAAAGACAACACUAUUUUGUAGUUAAUUAUUAUAAGCUUAUUAACUUAAAAGUUAAUAUCAUAAUCCCAAGUUUCUUGUAUGCUUUUACAUUUACAACUCUGGUUCAUAAAGUCUGGAUGAGUAUUUAACAUUAAAAAAGAAAAAAGUCCCAAUCAUUCCUUAUCUUUACAAGACAAAGACUACAACUUCAAAUCAAA